GAACUUCCCACCCACUGACGGGCUUCCCAUCUCUCUUCCUUCGCUCUGCCUCGACCUGUCUCUAUCCAACCAUUCCUCCUCUUGCAACGGCCCACCUGGAGUCGGGUCAAUCGUUGCUUUGUCGUCGGGCGCCUCAGUCACCCACUCUCCUUGCAAACAAUCGACCCUCGCACCACCCCCCUCCCGCGCCAGUCCCUCUCACGGAUACCCUUCUGCUACGCGCCAACGAGCCCUCCAGUCGUAGCUCCCUUGCUGCCAUCCAGCCGACGACAGAACUACUGCACCUGGCACACGCUCCGGUGACAGAGCUGGUCUCAUCCUGGUCAAGAUUUGUGUACCAGUGCAAGAGGAGUUGGCGCUGCUGUGCAAGCUGCUCUCUCCCAGAAAUAGAUUGCACUUAUUCUACCCGUUGCCUGCCCUGCCUGUCCCAUCCACCUCUCUCCCUCCCUUCUCUUCUUCACGGCACGACCCUCUCCUCCCUUCGCUGGUGUCCGUCAGGCUCUCGACCAUCAUUUGCCUUUUCGUUGCACAUCAACAUCAGCCAGCAAGGCCUUCCAAGAUCGACUCUCUCGUUGUCGACGUCAAGAUGCCCGCGGUGACCAGACCAGUCCUCCCUCCUCUCCAGACCCCAAAGACCGCCUCCUUCCCCUCCGAGAUCGUCGCAACCCCGAUUUCAUGCGUCUCUGCCGUGGUCAAGCAAGAAAAUGCCAAUCUGAAGACACCCAUUACACCUCCAGUUGCCUACACCGAGUUCCUCAAGGCUCUGACUCCUGUCCUAGCCAGUCCUCCCGUCAGCAGCGGCCUUCAGAGGUCCAUGUCGGAUGAGUCGACAUGCACAAGGCACUCUUUGAUAUCCAACGGGUCCACGUCUUCUAGUCUAUCCUCCAGCAGAAGCGAAAGCCACAAGUCGCCAUCCAGUUCCGUCCCGCCAACUCCGUACUCUCGCAAGACUCCCACUCACUUGAGGCGGCUGCGGAUACCGCAUUCUCCAGCGUUCUCCCCAUCCACCUCCGGACCCUCUCCACGGACUGCCAUGAGCGGCAUGAGCACUGGCACCAUCUACUCUCCGUUCUCGCCAGCGGACUGGAACUGCGAGAGCGCAACCCGACGGUAUUUCGAGGCGCCCAGGAGUGCAUGUUCGAAGUCUGUCAAUGUUCGAUCUGUUGUGACGAGGACCGUCACAUACAAACGGUCCCCGCCCCUCGACCCUGCGCCCAAGGGCAAGAAACGCAAAACCGACACUACAGCUAUGCCACCGCCACCCAGCGCAAAAGACUUUGCCGGCAUCAAAGCAGUUGAUUUCCCUUCAACGCUGAUCGAACCCCACACAACUGUCAUGAGUUCGCCUUCUGCGUCUGCCAGCCCCAGUCCAGCGGUAGUCACUCCUCCCCCGACUGCUGUCGCGUGAGAUGAUCAUCCGGAUGGCCUUGGUAUGAUGGCACAUUUAAUGGGAUUUUCGCAGAGGCUUCACAGAUGAUGGUUGAUCUCUGUGGUCCCCUGCGAAAUGGAAUAUCACGGGAUUUACGACAUACUUUGCUAUCAGUUUUUAUUAUACGUGAUACCACACUACAUGUUUCUGCGAAGGUGCUCGGCGUUUAAGAAACAGCAAACCAACAGUGAACCGAAGGAGUUGAACUGAGAGGCUGAAGCACGCAUUUGGCAUCUUCAAACACUGCAUGAAUGGGAUAUGGCUGGCUAUUCUGGGAUAUUCGACGAGAUUUCUUCAAUUCGGGAGGUUGGCUACGAGGCGGAUACUUUGAAAAGCUCUGAAGAUUUUUGGUGGGACACCCAUGUUUGACUCCGCAGCCGGAUCCUGCGGUCAGAGCAGGGCAAAGGAUGCUCACAGAUCCCGCAAGAUUCUGGGCGGAAUCCGAGCAAGCCAUGCUCUUUCCCGCACACUUGGGAAGCAAGACGCAAACCAACCAAUAAAUGAAACUACCUUGAAAAAGUUUACAUUCUGGAGUCGAGUGUUGUCAGCCAGUGCGCGUCCUCCAUCGCGGCCCUCCAGGGCGACGGACGCAGAAUAGGCUUCAGAAAACACGUGGCACGAGGAUCUCCAGCCGCCAGUCAUCACCAGGUGCUCGCAAUAUGAGUGGACCACGAGUGCUGCUCGAUCACCGAUCCACCUGGGCGGUAUGGCCAUGGGAGAACUUCGAUUCGCUGAGGGUGGUUGCGGGAUUACGUAGGAAAGGCUCAGCGAGCUCUGGAGGAGCUAUCGAGCUCUGUACGAAUAUACUAUGUAUAACAUCCAUGAAAUCCCC